ACAACGCACCAGCAGCUGGGAGGAGCUAGCGGCAGGCAAAGGCAGCGGCGCACCCCCGCGUUCUCUCGAUCACGAUGGCGCCCGCCCGCUGCUCCCUGCUGCUCGCGCUCGCGCUCUCCCUCAUCUGCUUCUUCUCCGCCGCCGCCGCGGCGGCGCAGGUGGACGCCGUGGCUGCGGCGCAGCAGGCGGCUGACCGCGUGGCGGGGCUCCCGGGGCAGCCGGCCGUGGGGUUCGCGCAGUACGCCGGGUACGUGACCGUGAACGAGACGCACGGCCGCGCGCUCUUCUACUGGUUCUUCGAGGCCACCGCCGCGCCCGACAAGAAGCCGCUCGUGCUCUGGCUCAACGGCGGGCCUGGGUGCUCGUCCAUCGGGUACGGAGAGGCGGAGGAGCUGGGGCCUUUCCUGGUGCAGAAGGGCAAGCCGGAGCUCAAAUGGAACAACUACUCGUGGAACACAGAGGCCAACCUGAUGUUCCUGGAGUCCCCGGUGGGCGUUGGGUUCUCCUACACAAACACAAGCUCCGACCUGCAGAACCUCGGCGAUAAGAUCACCGCUGAUGACGCUUACGUAUUCCUGCUCAACUGGUUCAAGAGGUUCCCGCAGUACAAGUCCCACGACUUCUACAUCGCCGGCGAGAGCUACGCCGGGCACUACGUCCCGCAGCUGUCGGAGAAGAUCUUCGACGGCAACAAGGCGGGCCCCAGGGAGAACUACAUCAACUUCAAGGGCCUCAUGGUCGGGAACGCGCUCAUGGACGACGAGACGGACCAGACGGGCAUGAUCGACUACGCCUGGGACCACGCCGUCAUCUCCGACCGGGUGUACGGCGACGUCAAGGCCCGGUGCAACUUCAGCAUGGUGAAGGUGACGGGCGCCUGCGACGCCGCGCUCCAGGAGUACUUCGCCGUGUACCGCCUCAUCGACAUGUACAGCCUCUACACCCCCGUCUGCACCGAUGGAUCCGGCUCGACGGCGUCGCGCGGCGGCCACCGGAAGGUCGCCGUCCACGGCGCCGCCCCCAGGAUCUUCUCCAAAUACCGUGGGUGGAUCAUGAAGCCGGCGGGCUACGACCCCUGCACGGCGGAGUACGCCGAGGUCUACUUCAACCGGCCCGACGUCCAGGCGGCGCUGCACGCGAACGUGACCAAGAUCGGCUACAACUGGACGCAUUGCAGCGACGUGAUCAGCACUUGGAACGACGCCGCCUUCUCCACCCUGCCCAUCAUCCGCAAGCUCAUCGCCGGCGGACUCAAGGUCUGGGUUUUCAGCGGCGACACCGACGGGAGGAUCCCCGUGACUGCGACGAGGCUCACCCUCAACAAGCUCGGACUCAAGACCGUCCAGGAGUGGACGCCGUGGUACGACCACCUGCAGGUUGGUGGAUGGACGAUCGUCUACGAAGGGCUGACGUUCGUGACGAUCCGCGGCGCCGGGCACGAGGUGCCUAUGCACGCGCCGCGCCAGGCGCUGACGCUCUUCAGCAACUUCCUGGCCGGCACCAAGAUGCCCCCGACGGCGUUCCCCUAGUGGCCACCGCUCGUUGUCCGGCAACGCCGGCUGAUCUGAAGUUUUUCCCUUUUCGUUUCUCCCAAAGAUGCAAGUGUAAUUCGAUUGGAAAAGAAAAUCAGGAAUAAAAAUCAUAGCGCUGAUCUCAGUAUUCACAA